AUGGCCAUUCCUUUUCCUCAGUUCCGGCCGAUCACUUCAACCACUGCACCGUUCCCUUUAUUUCUACUAACAAAGCUAUUGUUAUUGAUCAAUAUCUGUGCUAGCAUAUUCAUCGUUAACUGCCAUAGUACUUUCACCAUCAAAGAAGCCAGUAUCGAAGGUAUCCAACUAGCCUUCAGGAGUAAAACCUUGACGUCUAGGCAACUCGUGGAAUUAUACAUAAAGGAGAUUCAAACCCUCAAACAUCUCAGAGCAGUUAUUGAGGUGAAUCCAGACGUGCUAGAUCAAGCUGACAAGGCCGAUUCUGAAAGGAAGAUGCCCAGCUUCGUUGAGCCACUCGGAGGACUUCACGGAAUUCCAAUCCUUCUCAAGGACAAUAUAGCAACCAAAGACAAACUUAACACUACCGCUGGAUCAUUUGCACUAUUGCAUUCUGUGGUCCCACGUGAUGCAGGGGUGGUGGCAAAGUUGAGACAAUCUGGAGCGAUCAUCAUGGGGAAGGCAAGCCUUAGCGAGUGGGCAAAUUUCCGGGGUACCAAUAUUCCCCCAGGAUGGUGCGCAAGAAGCGGACAAGGCUUGAAUCCGUAUACAUUAGGGGAUCCAUGUGGUUCUAGCAGUGGAUCAGCUAUAUCAGUUGCUACUAAUAUGGUGACAGUGUCUUUGGGAACAGAAACUACUGGAUCAAUCAUUUGCCCAGCCAGUUUUAAUGCGAUUGUGGGAAUCAAACCUACAGUUGGACUCACUAGUCGAGCUGGAGUUAUUCCCAUCUCACCAAGACAGGAUUCAGUAGGACCAAUGGGCAGAACAGUAUCGGAUGCUGUAUACGUAUUGAAUUCAAUUGUAGGCAUUGAUACGAAUGAUGCAGCAAUAUCUUCAGCAGCAAAUUUCAUACCUAAAGAUGGCUACAUUCAAUUUCUGAAGAAGGAUGGUCUUCAAGGAAAAAGAUUAGGAAUAGUGAGGUACUUCUUCAUCAAUGUAACUCUUCCCCAAGUCUUUGAGGGUCACAUCGAGACGCUGAGACAUGCAGGUGCAGUUAUAGUGGACAAUCUGGAAAUCCGCAAUAUCGAAAUUAUUUACGAUCCAUAUCAAAGUGGUAGAGAACCCGCACUGAGGUCCGAGUUCAAGCAGUCUCUGAAUGUCUACUUGAAAGAACUAAUUACUUCUCCCGUGAGGUCGUUAGCUGAUGUAAUCGCCUUCAAUAAGAAUAACCCAUGCUUGGAAAAGACUUGUGUCUAUAAUCAAGAUAGGAUGAUAGAGUCUGAGAAGACCAGCGGAUCAGAGGCAGAGAGACAGGGAGCACUAUUAAAUUUGGCGAAGCUUGAUAAUGAAGGGUUUAAGAGUUUGAUGAUUACAAAUAACUUGGAUGCGGUUGUCACUCCAGGAUAUCUUUUUGCUACUGUACUUGCAAUAGGAGGACACCCUGGAAUUACUGUUCCAGCAGGGUAUGAGAAAGAUGGAACGCCUAUUGGAAUAUGUUUCGGUGGAUUAAGAGGUUCAGAACCAAAGCUAAUUGAAAUUGCUUAUGCGUUCGAGCAGAUUACAUUGAUUAGAAAACCGCCUCCUUUUCCCACUGCAUCAGUGUUGUAUAACAUGGUCUAAGCAGUGGGUUUUUCUCCUCAGCAGUGGAGAUACAAUUACUUAAGAGAUCAAACACACAACUUAAUUCCACAACUUUUUAAAAUGCAAUAGUAUACAUAAAUCAUACAACUCCGUUCACUGAAGACUGCAAGAAUUUACCUACACCGUCAGAACCAGGCGGCAGACGUACGGUAUAGCUAUGGGAUUGCUUAAGAUUUGA